AUGGAGUGGAACGUAACAUUUAACCGACCAACAGGCUUUUUCAUCUUGGGGUUUCAGUCUUUACCAGACAGUAAAUAUUAUUUUCUUUUUCUGGCCUUCAUUUAUGUUGGAACACUUCUGGGGAACUUCUUCUUGAUGAUGGUUAUAUGGCAAUCUGAGGCUCUUCACACACCGAAAUACAUGGUGGUAUUCAGCUUGUCUGUCGUGGAUGUGAGCCACAGUACUGCCCUUGUUCCAAAAUGCAUCCACCAGUUUCUUUUUGAUUCAAGGUUUGUGACAUACGACUUAUGCCUGACUCAGAUGUUCUUUGUACAUGUUUUUUAUGUCUUGGAAUCCUUUCUCCUGGUCAUCAUGGCUUUUGAGAGGCUGGUCUCUAUUUGCUUCCCCUUACGAAGCAACACAAUCAUUACCAACAGACGCAUGUUUUGCAUCAUUGCAUUUUGCUUGGCCCUAGCCUUUGCAAUCAUGCUGACCUUAAUAAUUUUGAUCACACAUUUGUCUUUCUGCAAACCAAUUCCUACAGUGAUAAGUUACUACUGUGACCAUGGACCGGUGUUCAAGAUGGCCUGCAGUGACAACACCCCAAACUGGAAGGCAACAACUUUCUAUAUGAUUGCUGUUAUUUUUGUGCCACUGGCUUUCAUCUUGAUGUCAUACGUCUGUAUUAUUGUUGCCAUCUCCCGCAUCACAUCUGUAGAGAGUCGGUGGAAAGCAUUCAAAACCUGCACUGUCCACUUAACUUUGGUGGGAAUUUUAUUUAUGCCCACUCUGGUCACUUACACAAUUGCAUGGAUUUACAUUACGAUUGAUGUUAACACUCGAAUUCUGAAUACAUCAUUAUCAGCACUGCUGCCUCCACUUCUCAAUCCCAUCAUUUACACACUGAAGACAGAGGAAGUGUUGGAGCAGAUUAAAAGGUUUCUCAGACGGCAUCCUGUGAAACCGUUGAGGUGA